CAAAGUUGACGGUAAAGACAACACUGGAGCUAUGAGACCAAGAUAAGAAUGUGUUGAACCAGAGAAUGUGUUGUGUCUCUCACAAGUAGCUCUGUUUUUCAAACUCAGGUCCUCAGCUCCUUUGACUCGUCUGGUUGGUUGGCUGAGAUCGUUCUAAUUCGUUCUGUUCUGUUGGAAUUGUUUUGAGCUGGUAGCCCGGUUCAGGAACACCCAGUCCCUACGUGACUUGAGUCCACUUGAGGGACGUCACCGACAGGAGGGUCAGAGUGCAACGGUGAGGUCACCGACAAGAGUGAGAGACUGGAGCAAGAGAGCUUGGCAAUUGGACCCAACAUGGAGGGAUACGGCUACGAACACUUUGGGGUGGAUGGAGAGCGAGACAGCCACCAGAUGGACUACCGGAGGAUCGUAGGGGACACAGAGCUACCCUGUCCCAGCUCCAACCCCUCACCACAAGAUGCGGAGCACCUCUUCCGCCUCAGCCCCCAUGGGCAUGGACAUGGGCACGGGCAUGAGACGGCCGCACAGCGAUACAGCGCCACCCGCAUCCAAGCUGGCUUUGGCCCUGAGAGCAUGGCUGAUUACCUGAUCAGUGGUGGUACGGGCUAUGUCCCAGAAGACGGACUCUCCGCACAACAGCUUUUCUCCGUUGGAGACGGCCUCACCUACAAAUCUGCUCAACAACAGUCUGUUGUCGCUGAUGGUCAAACGGCAGAAGAGCUAUGCUCUAAAGGCGACGGGUUGACUUACAACGACUUCCUGAUUCUGCCGGGCUUCAUUGAUUUUACCUCAGACGAUGUGGACCUGACCUCUGCCCUGACCAGGAAGAUCACCCUGAAGACGCCUCUCAUCUCCUCCCCGAUGGACACAGUCACAGAGUCAUCGAUGGCCAUCGCCAUGGCGCUCAUGGGAGGCAUCGGCCUCAUCCAUCACAACUGCACCCCUGAAUUCCAAGCCAACGAGGUCCGCAAGGUUAAGAGGUUUGAGCAGGGCUUCAUCACAGACCCUCUUGUAAUGAGUCCGCGUCACACGGUGGCGGACGUGUUCGAGGCCAAGACUCGCCACGGCUUCUCUGGCAUCCCUGUCACCGAGACUGGCAAGAUGGGCAGCAAGCUGGUGGGCAUCAUCACCUCCAGAGACAUCGACUUCCUCUCCGAGAAGGACCACAGCCGACCACUGGAGGAGGCCAUGACUAAGAGGGAGGAGCUAGUGGUGGCCCCAGCCGGUGUCACGCUGAAAGAGGCUAACGACAUUCUACAGCGAAGCAAAAAAGGCAAGCUGCCCAUUGUGAAUGACAGUGAUGAGCUGGUGUCCAUCAUCGCCAGGACAGACUUGAAGAAGAACAGGGACUACCCCCUGGCCUCCAAAGACUCUCGCAAACAGCUGCUGUGCGGAGCCGCCAUCGGCACCAGGGACGACGACAAGUACAGACUGGACCUACUGAUGCAGGCUGGGGUCGACGUGGUCGUACUGGAUUCCUCACAAGGCAACUCUGUGUAUCAGGUCAACAUGAUCAACUACAUCAAACAGAAGUACAGCGAGCUGCAGGUGGUGGGAGGGAACGUGGUGACGGCAGCCCAGGCCAAGAACCUGAUUGAUGCAGGAGUGGACGCUCUGAGAGUGGGCAUGGGCUGUGGCUCCAUCUGUAUCACCCAGGAAGUGAUGGCGUGCGGGCGGCCUCAGGGCACCUCGGUGUAUAAGGUGGCAGAGUAUGCUAGACGUUUCGGUGUGCCAGUCAUCGCAGACGGCGGCAUUCAGACCGUGGGCCACGUGGUCAAGGCUCUCUCACUCGGGGCAUCCACAGUGAUGAUGGGCUCGUUGCUAGCGGCGACCACGGAGGCUCCGGGGGAGUACUUCUUCUCGGACGGCGUGCGGCUGAAGAAGUACCGCGGCAUGGGCUCUCUGGACGCCAUGGAGAAGAGCACCAGCAGCCAGAAACGCUACUUCAGUGAAGGGGACAAGGUGAAGGUGGCUCAGGGCGUGUCCGGCUCUGUCCAGGACAAGGGCUCAAUCCACAAGUUUAUCCCCUACCUGAUCGCUGGCAUCCAACAUGGCUGUCAGGACAUCGGCGCCAAGAGUCUCUCUGUUCUACGCUCCAUGAUGUACUCUGGAGAGCUGAAGUUUGAGAAGAGGACCACGUCUGCUCAGGUGGAAGGAGGAGUCCAUGGGCUUCACUCUUACGAGAAACGACUUUACUGAUGGAGGGGCCAGAAAGAAGCGGACUAGGGACGCCCCCACCCCCGUUGUGACCAAACGUACCCGCCACAUCUGACACCCACCUCAUCACUCUCCCUGCCGACUCCCCACACACCCCACGGGAGAGGUCUGGGGAGAACACCUGCAAAACAAACACCAUCACCUGGGAAACAUGGGAUUUUGCAAUUACGAAGCGGAACAUCAGGGUUUUCACCAUAACCCCCUCCCAGAAUACCAGUCCCCUUGGGGUGUGUGAGAGCGUGUUGAAGGAAGUGUGUGAGAGAGAGAGUGUGUGUGAGGACAAACUCAGUGAAGAAGGUGCUGUUAUGCUAUCUUCCUCUUCCUGGUGAAACUGAGAGAGCCAUGCUGUCACCCCUCUGUAUUCUCUGGGAUCUGCUCGUACCGACACCUCCACAUCAGAAGCCACAAACAUCCCAAUCAAACUAUAUAUAUAUAUAUGUGGAAAAACACUUGUCUUGCUACUCUGUGUGCAAGUGUAUUGUGGCAAUGCUCCUUUAUCUAUGUAGUUAGCUCUGUUUAUGCAGAAAGAUGUUAACUGCUUUGAGAAAAGUAGAUUGUUCUGUUAAACUUUUGACUGUGAUUCAACCGACAGACUCAUUAGCUGGGAUUCUAGACUAGGUGACGUUCCCUCGCUGUAGUGGCCAUGUCAUACCCCCCUUAGUCGACGUGAACCAAUCAACUAGUGGCCUAUCACAAUGCUUCUAGUGUGUUAAAAGCACAGUUGGGGCUAAUUAUUAUGCUUGGAACAAAAGAGUGUAAAACACCAGUUAAUCAGAACCAAGUGAUUUUAAUUUAGGAUAUCUGUUCCCAAGUAUUCCUACAGAUAAUACAGAGAUGUCAUCGUAUACUAAAUGUAAGCAAGGUUUGAAUUGAUUGUUUAAGUUAUAUCUGUUUGGGCCUCCUGCGGUCAAUUUGCAGUCUACAAAUGAUUUGUAAUUAUGUUCCUGCCCAUCCACCCAAGAAAUCGUCCCGAGGCUGAAUCUAGUUGACGAUCUCUGCUGAAGAAAGUCCCAGUGGCUCGAAGGAGCAUGAAGGGUUUUGAUAUGCAUGCUUUUUAGUUUUUUAAAGCCUCAACACGGCUCUAUUUAUAUUCCGCUUUUUUCUAAUUCCGUACAUACUGCCAAAUGUAUCAACAUGCUCUCUGUUACACUUUGCUGUUAUUAAUACUAAAAGCCCAAAUUUAAAGCUACGAAUCGCCAGCAAUGUAGUCCCUCGCUCCACCCCUGUCCCAGAUUGUGGCAUCGAUUGCUAGCAGCUUUGACCUGCUCUGAUUACCAGAGAUAUGCCUUGAAAUGGGGGUCGAUGAUGACCGCACACGACGGAAAGUGUUAAAUUCCCAUAAGAACUGUGUAUGUGCAUGGCGCUAUACAUCCUCCUCACCUACCGUAUCUUUAUCAUUCAGCUUGUGUAGGAAUAGAUUUUUCUAACUUUUUUCGUAAACAAUGUCCUUUUUGCCAGAUGUUUUUUUUAGGAUGUCUCUAAGCUGUAGGGGUGACUUUCUUUCCGUUUUGUGCGAAUGUACUUUGCCCCACCGGGACCUCACUUGACUAACAGUACUCUUACAGUUGACAUGAAUAUUAAGUAAAUAUGUACAUGAAGAUGUAUGGAGAAUUAUAUACCUGUAUCCUGUUUGAAAUGGUUGUUUGCAGUCUCCCACCUUUAGUUCUGAAAAUCCCCACUGACUAUGAAACAGGCCUUGUUUACAAUGGGAUUACAACAGAAACCGGUCCCUAAUGCUUUAAAACAAUAAAAGUCCAAAUAUGUUGA